AUGGACCAAGAAUCGUUCAGAAAGCUGCUGCAAACGCCUAGACCGGUAGCCAGCAGGGCAUCCACCUCGCGCGGCUCUCUGCUUGCCGCGGCAGCAUCCGCUUCCAAAAAGGCGAAAUUGAUAGACCCGUCGCAGCCCGCCUUCAAACCUCGCAAAGUCAAAGGUGCGGACGGAAAGUACCGUGAUCGUGCUGCAGAGCGUCGGACGGGCGGCGGUAACGACUUUGCGCAUGUGGAAGCACUAUUAGAGGACUUCGAGAAGCAGCAUGCGAACGAGGAGGACAAGGGCUCGUUAGACGAGAAGCGACGGUAUCUUGGGGGCAAUAGCGAACACUCUGUUCUCGUCAAGGGUCUCGACUACUCUCUGCUCGAACAAAACAAGGCGAAGGAAGCCCAGACGUCAGCAACGCAAGAUGACGAAGAGCUAGAGCAAGUAUUCAGAGAGGUGGAAACCACAAAGAAGCGAUCAAGGGCGGACGUGUUGAAGCAGCUCAAGGAGCGGAGAACGACGGACCAGGCGGGAGAUGGCUCGGGUGUCGAGCCGGAACAGGAGAAAGAGGAGAAAAAGGUUGACCCGCCAGAGGCGAAAAAGAAGGAGGGCAAAUUCAAGCCAAUUGGGUUCAAACCCAUAGGGCAGGCAGAUGAUAAGGCGAAGAGGAAGAAGGGCAAGGAGGAAGGCGAAGGCAAGAAGAAGAAAAAGAAGAGAAAGGUCGAGGAGGGCAAGGGUGACGAGACGAAGGCAGAGACGACGCCCGCAGAAGGGAUGACAUCGACAUCGGCACCUGCACCUGCACCGCCGCCCCCAGAGCACGAGCACGAGCCCGUCGAUGAAGACUUUGACAUCUUCGCGGGCGCUGGGGAGUACGAAGGGCUCAAUCUCGGUGAUGAAGAUGACGAGGAUGAAGAUGACCCUCGGGAGAACCAUGAUGCGCAGGAUCAUGGCUCAAAGGAACAGAGCGGACCACCGGAAACUGCCCCACCUCGUAAACGAAAAGGCUGGUUUGACGAUGACGAGCCCGAAGCGGAACAGGAAGCGCCUUUACUCCCAGCGCUAUCAGAGGUGAAAUUGGCGGGCGGAUCUCGUUCACCACAACAGGCAGAGCAAAAGGCUCCGGAGGAGGAAGACUCCGAAGAACAACCAAUGCGGUUGCAGCCUCUGGCAUCCUCCGCCGUGCCGUCUAUCAAGGAUAUUCUUGCCAUGGAUGAGACUCUGGAGAAAGAACAGAAGCGGCGCGCGAGAAAGGAGAAGAAGAAGGGCGGCGGAGGUAGCGGGGAUGAAGGAGGAGAGAAGAGGAAAAAGAAUGAUAAGGCCAAGGUUGAACGGGAUUACCAAAGAUUGAAGUCGUAUACAGAUAAGAAGGCUGGAGGGAGCACCAUUUAACGCAUUCCCUGUUGUUCAGUGUAUUGUCAACGAACGUAAUCCGGGCAUCACAUGUAUUUCCUAUUUUCCACAUUCGCAC